AUGGAGUUCUCCCUUUUUAGUUAUAGCCAAAAACGAAUCCUUGCUGCAGGUGUGUUGUCUCUGUUGUCCGGAUAUGUGCUUGGUGUGGCCAACAUACCAAGGGUCGUUUUGACCAAGUAUUUUUCCUCUUCAUGGAUGGACCAGUGUUUACAUAUUCGUGGCUCUCAAAUUACAGGUGGUUGUACAGACUUUAGGAGUUUUUCUAUGGUUUUUGUCAAUUCUUCAAUUUUAUUUGGUGCUUCUAUUGGCUCUAUUACUUCUAUUUUUGUGGAAAGGUACUUUGGUAAGGUAAAAGGUAUUCUCUCUGCAUAUUUUUUGUUUGGAAUUGGUUCUAUAUUUUGCUUAAGUAAGGAAAUUGUGAUUUUUUCGAUCGGAAGAGCUAUAUGUGGUGUUGGAGUGGGAUUUUCAUGUAACUUAGUACCAUCUUAUAUUUUUGAACUCACCAACAAACAGAAUCAAACUUUAUUUUCAACUUUACAUAACGUAUUGUUUUGUUAUGGAAUUUUACUGAGUUAUUUAUUCUCCAUAACAACUGCAUAUAUAACUGGUUUUAUCAUCAAUUUGAGAAACUCUGUUAACAAUACCAAUAAGACUGAUAAAAUUGUAAACACCAUUAUUGAUAGUGAUUUCAUAAAUGUAGUCAUUCGAGACAAUUUAAUAAAACCCGAGAAAACGGAUUUUGUGUUUCAAAUUAAAAAUACUUCAUACUCAACUUUGUAUAUUAGAAUUUUAUUCAUCAUUCCUAUGAUAUUUUCAUUGAUCCUUUUCAUAAUCUGGAUUAUCAAACUAAAUGGUGAUACUCCAUCUCGCUAUAUAAAAUUAAAUGAUAUUCGUUCUGCAGAAGAAACUACUAGACAAAUAUAUGGAGUAUUUGACACCACAAGAAUUAUUAGUCAACUAAGAGAAGAAAGCGAAAGAGAAAGCAUAUCAAUUUUUAAACUUUUCAAAGUUAUUUCUAAGUCAUCAAUGCGUAAUGUCUUUAUUUUCAUUCCCAUCAUAAUAUGUACUGAAGUAUUUACUGGAUAUAUACCACUAAUCAUGAAUAGCAAACUAAUAAUGUCGCAUCUUGGUAUCAUUGACCAAGUAUCAUCGAAGUAUAUAGUGCUGGCAGCAAAAGGCUCUUUAUUUUAG